AUGGCGUCCAAAGGGAACUCGGUGUUUUCACGAAUCAUUCGCCGUGAACUUCCCGCUACGUUUCUUCAUGAGGAUGAUCAGGUAAACCAAGAACGAUGUGUAACUCGAACUCUAAUUCUACACCGACUAUACUCGCACCUAUAGUUGCACACCUGCAAAUUCAACAAACUCAGCCUGCAGUCACAACAUUUGCAUAAUGGCUGGUGAAAAUAAGGUAAUCUUGUAUUCACCCCCUUUCUCUAUGGCUGUGGGCACUCGUUAAUAUUCAAACUCCCAGUGACGUUUUGGUGGGUGGGGGAUGGGAUAGGGUGAGUGUUAAAAUUUGAAAUGAGCGGUUUACAUUUGUGGUACCCACACUUUUUUCAAAAAGAUAUCUCUUGAUGCAAGUUUAAAAAAUUGCUUAAUUCUGUAUGUAAAACAAAAUGAAUACUGGGUCAUUAAACGAGGUCUUUGUCUUAAAAAGGGUAGCAAAAUGAACCUAUUUUGCCUACACUAACCAGAUAGACACCGACACAAGAAUAAAUACAGGGGCCUGUAGGCCCGGGGGUAGCACUUGGGUUUUUUUUGGGUGGGUAUGUGGCGCCCGGGACUCCAAAUUGGCACCCUGUUCUAAAAAAAUUUCCCCUAAAAUUGAUACCCCGUUCUAGAAUUCACCCUAAAACUGAUACCCUGUUCUAGAAGUGGGCCAUAAGCUAACGAUUUUCCUUCUCCUCCCCCGUCCCUUUCUUUUGAGCCCGUCUCCAUCUCCCUUGGGUAUCUUAUGGACUCAUUCCAGACUUCCGCGCGAAGAUGGCAGAGUCAGCGCUUCCGGCUCGCACCAAAUUACGCCCGCCCUGCACACUAAAACACAGGGUGCCACAAGAGUACAACAGUUUGCUUGUUAACGCAUUGAACUGUAUUUUUAAAAGCAAUCUGUCCUUGAAUAAUUUCAAAUGGCUGCUUAUAAAACUGGAGCUUUCGUGCGUUGGAAAUAUUAUACCCUGUUUUCGAGAGCGCCUCUGAAAUGGAUACCCCAUUCUAAAUCAGGAGCUUCAAAAUCACUACCCCGUUGGGCGGCACAUACCCGUAUAGGUAAUGUAUGGGAGUACCCCCCCCCCCCGGCCUGUAGGUCAGCAAAAACGUCAAAGCUAGUUUGUUACAAAAUUGCCAUUAGAUUACAAGACCACACUUAAUUACAAAACAACCUCUGAUAAAAAACAAACCUUGAAAGAAGCUAAGUACAAUGCUGCCAGAUACGAAAACCCAAAACCACUUUGUGUAAAAAAGGGAAUGCACAUCCCCGCCUGCUGAAAUCAGCUGCAGUGCCGACAACUCAGGGGCAGAGGUACGCUAAAAAACUAUCUUAUUGGAACUGAAUUUCUCGCGUAGUUUAUUUCGCAAUUUUGACAAGAGAGUAUUUUGCAGAAUUUUAUUUUUAUGAUUUUAACAGGCAAAUGUGAAAAAGGACAUAAAAUUUGCGACUUAACCAUUCUCAACCUCAUUUUAUUUUUUCAAAAGUCUGAACCUUUAAAAACUUUUAGAUAAACUGCAAUAAAUAAUUUCGUGAAAUCUUUGCAAACUAAAGUUAUUUCAAAAGUGAAGAUACAAAAAGGAGCUUACCAGUAAAACUAGUCAGCAAUUUGUGUUUGUCCAUGCAUUUCCUUUAUAUGUCAAUUGUUGCUAUUACAAGUUAAUUCUUUUUUUGAAUUUUCUAUAUGGGUAUAAAAUUUCUCAUGCUUAAAAAUCAUGAUUAUUUAUUUUCGCGUUUUUUCUACAAUCUCGAAAGACACGAAAUUAAUUACCAAUGUAGCUUCCAAAUGAUGACUAUAAACAAAAUUAUAUAACAAAAUUGGAAAAUAAAAAAGUUAGGAGCUCAAAUGAAUGCUGACCUAGACUGAUCCAAAUUUGCAAAUAUGUACAACUAAACAUGUCUCAAAAAACUACCCACAAUUUCUCCUAGCCAAGCCAUUCCUCUGGUCUGUGCCGGCAAAAUAGCUAUUUCUGUCUGUUCUGUUAUAUACUACACUGUGGUAAAUAGCAUUUUUUCACUUAAACAGGGUCAGGGUUUGAAGACCUCAGCGGCACAACUAUACCCAAACUCGCCUUUUGUGCACCCACCAUUACCUGAUCACAUGUAAAAAGGCCAAAAUCUGGAAUUACGUAUUUUUGAUUGGUCCACACACAAAACAUCUAGCACAGUUCUGUUCUGACUGGCUUAGAGGUUUUAUGUUUUAUAGGAUUUUGACACCUGUAAUUAAAUGGUGUUUGAAUAAGAUGUAUCUGAUUCAUUUAAAUAACAUCCUCCCCAGGUUUAAAGGUGAUGUUAUAUGGAUACAUAGACUGAUCUGCAAUAGCGAUUUUUAGCGCAACAAAGCAUCGCAAUGCUAAAACAGUGUUGCAACCAUUUGAAACAAUGUUGCAAAACUGUUUGUGCUUCAAAUUGUCUUCUCAAAUUGUCCUUUGUAACAUAACCUUAAGUUUGUAUUUUCAUUUUUGUGGCUGAUAAUUUGGUCAAACCACCCAUAAGUGACCACUCAAAAUGUGAAGAGUUGGUGUUCACUUAUCAGAGGUGGUUGUAACCUGAGAUCAGGCUCUAUUUUCGUUUCGCUUUGAAAAUUACAUUCCGGCAGGCAUGGUAAAACGAAAAGAGAGCCUGAUACAAACCUUCUACGAAACGUCUGCCACACACUUUUUUGAUUGAUUGACAUUUGCCGAAUCAGCCAACCAAAAUUACUUCCGUUGCUUGUUUUUCUAGUAUGCAAAUUUUUCACACGUGGGAAAAAUGCAGACUGGCUGACUUAAACAAUAGCUUUUAUCUGUUAAUUUUUUCAGCUAAAAAUAAAACAAUUUUGCGAUAAAUAUUAGCGAUAAAAAAUCACGACGUUUCGACCUCUCCGAGGUCAUUUUCAAGUGUAUAAAAGUUCUCUAAAUUAGCAUAGAUAAGUUAAAAGCAAGUUAUAAUAGAUAAAAAUGUGGUGAACGCUAAAAUGUGAUAAAUUAAUAUGUAAAAAUGUAAAAAGUGCUAAAAAAAUAUUUAUAAAAUCAAAAAACAAUGGAAAUAAAACAAUGUUAACAAGAACUACUCUAAACAAAUAAUUUGGCGCGAAUUGAAUCGCACUGUUUGUUAAGUGUCGGUUUCAGUUCUUGGAUAAAAAACAUUUCAAAAAUAAGGCAGUCAAAUUUGUUCUGACACUUUCUUAAGAUUCUAAAACUUUGUGCGAUGUCUUCAGGCUCCAUAUCAUGCUGCUCUCUGAGGUGGUUUCAUUUUUACAUAUUUUAUCACAUUUUAGCGUUCACCACAUUUUUAUCUAUUAUAACUUGCUUUUAACUUAUCUAUGCUAAUUUAGAGAACUUUUAUACACUUGAAAAUGACCUCGGAGAGGUCGAAACGUCGUGAUUUUUUAUCGCUAAUAUUUAUCGCAAAAUCGAUUUCUAAGAAACUACUUAUUAAAAAUAAAACAGUCAGCACAAUCACAUUUAACUUCUUGCGAGAUUAAGGGAGAUCUCGAAGGUUAUUGCUGUUGGCAUAGAAGGUAAAAAGUUUUCGAAAAGACGACGACACGAUGUUCUACUAGUUUUAUUAUUUUGGCUAGUCAUGCUCGAAUUUAAAAUACUGAAAUUUUCUUUUUUUCUGUUGCCUUAAUAUUUUCCUCGGCAAUUUCCCCUGAUUUUCAGUACAUAAAUCUUUUAAAACAAAAGCAAACAGCCAACAAGCGAUGACACCAGUUUUCCUGGUUUAUUUUAUACAAAAAGCGAAGGGAAACAAGUGCCUACACCGAAAAUUCCUUGAAUAGCGAUGCAAUAUUUUUCGUCGAAUACUUCACAGUUCGCGAUUGAGGUUUCUUUUGCAGUGAGCCUUCGCUUGCAUAACCCAUUCAGAGAAGUCAUUCCCAGCUAAACUUUCAAAUGAAACCAGUUUUAAGAUGGACAGUAUUUUGAUUUGCACUCGUUUGUUGGUAAAUCAAAAGACACCUCGUUAGUGGUCAACAACUUGCAGAGGGAUUCAACUCUGCAAAACACUCACGUUAGUUCCCUAAAUAAAGCAAAUCCUGAGAAGAUAUGAACAACCAUAUGAAUUUUCUGAAUUUCCAUGGCACAUAUUAAGGCAUAUUUUCCUACCAUAAGACCAUAAAACAAUAAAAAAGACAGCAUAAUCGAUCUUUCUCUCCACCGACGACGGAUCAUUCACGAAAACAACCACGCAAGGAAUAAGCGCUUUCAACUUCCGGCGUUUCUGACAGCCAAUCAGAUCUUGUGGCAUUGUUCUAACAGCCAAUCAGCGUCACGGCCAAAAUCUGGCUGUAACAAGCACAAACAUGAGAGAGUUUUUAUCAGGCCCAAUUUUAGCGGUAGCCAUUAGAGAGAAUGUAUGAGAACUGCUAAAAUUGGGCCUGAUCUCAGGUUAAGGUGGUUGCUUAUGACAGUCAAACUGCAGGAGGUCCUUUAUGAGGAGAAAUCUUUAGAUAACAAUAAUAUUAUAUGUAAAUCCAUGUUGUUUCUAAAAGUUUGUCUAUUAUGCUGAGUAACAUAGUAGAUGUAGGGAUCGCAAAAAAACAGAACUAUACAUUACACUAGGUGGUCGCUGCUCAAGAAGAGGUUUAAAAACAGUGGAAAAUCUUAAAACCCUCAUGCUAAAGAAUGGUUGCUGUCGCUCAUGGGGGCAGUCAUGUACAAGAGUUUCCAACCAUAAGGCUUUGACUAGGAAAAGUGUGGUGGUUUAGAUAUUAAAAGUGGUGUUUUAUGGGAGGUGUCGCUUAUGAGACAUGGUUGCACAUGGAGCCAUGGAGGUUCAACUGUUAUAUUGAAAAAAAACUCUAGAUGAUAUUACCUUAUCACAGAAAUAAUCUUGUGUUAGUUUUUUAAAGAAAUGAAUGUUCUGAGGUUAAUGUAUUUAAAUGGAGGGUGGCAGGUGGCCUGUGGAAAAAAAAUUAGCAGGUGUUCUUUUUCUCCCUCUCUUCUGAAAGAAAGAGCCUUGUUGCAGGUUAACAUAGGUAUUAAAUAUCAUAUUCUCCUUCAUGCCUUUCCCCCAACUCCACCACUUAACCCCUUUCACAGAGAAAUUUAAUAUAAUUACUAGCCUGAUACAUCCAUUAUCAACUACAGAGUUGGAUAAACUAUAAACAGAAAUAGCAACAAGUGAGUGGGUACUUUUGAUUACAGUCGAUUUGAUUACUUUAUUUUCAGUGCAUAGCCAUUGAGGACAUUAAUCCACAAGCCCCAGUUCAUUUCCUGGUUAUACCAAAGAAAGAAAUAAGAAAGAUAACUGAUGCUACAGAUGAGGAUGAACAAGUAUGCACAUACCAUUUUGUUUGUUUUAAGUACAUUUACCUCUUGAUUUUUAUAUGACUGCUGUGUUUAAGAAUUAAGGUAUUGCUGUUAUUGCAAGUUAAAUUUACUGGAUUAUUAUUUAAUACCCUCAGAGAGCUGUUAUCCCAACCAGGAAUUUGGGUGGGUGUGUGCCAUGAGCACCCUAAAUCCCUUAGCCCAUUAGUAUAGGGUCAAACCCUUAAAAAGUUGACACUCAUAAGACCAGAGUAAUUGUGUUCGGGUUCCCUGUGAGGGUAUCUUGGAGGGUGUACCACACUAUUGACUAAAAACCUACCCCUAUCCUGCCUCCUUUAUAGUUUCAUCCCGGGGAAUAUUUCCCAGUAGUAGGCUAAUGGUUAUAUGUGCUGCUGGAUGGGGUCGCAUUUUCACGACAGGAUUGACUAUUAUGGAGUUGCAUUUUUAUAAGUUACUAGAAUGAGGUUGCACAUUUUCAGGCUUUUGGGGGGUCAGAAAAUUCAGGUAUGAAGGGAUUUAAGAAUAGAAAGAUUUACAGCACAUAAAGUUUAAUGAAUGUGUUAGUUCAUUUCAGGGUAUCCAGGGAAAAAGGCUUUAUAAGGUAGAUGCAUAAACAGAAAGUGACUAAUUUGGGAUUGUGAAAAUUACUUUUUUCCCAAAGUGACUUUACAUGAGAUCUGUAAUAUGGCCACAGAAUAGACUAUAAUGGGAUAGGGAUUCUGAGAGGCCAGCGGGACAUACCAAGAGCAAAAAUUAACCCAAGUAACUCCCCCCCGCCAUCUCACCUCCACGGUAGUUUCAUAGACAUAAUAGACCUCCCUACAGACAGCUGACUGAUACCUGCACUCUGCCCAAAGAUUUGAGACUUUUAAAGGAAAAGUGGAAUAGCAGAUCAGGCUAGAAAUGGGGAAUUCUGGAUCCUGUUAACCUGUCCUCUCUCUUUCAACUCCUUUUUGCACCCAGUCACUUUGAGAGAGAAAUCUUUACAAUGAAAAUGUAUCAGGGCUGUCAUUACUUUUUAGAGCAGCCGUAGCAAAUUAAGAUUCAACCGUAACUUCUUCCCAGAACUUUGUAGUGUCACCUUUACCUUUCCGCUUUGAUCACCCGUAAAAUGAAGUCAGCUCAGCAGUAACAGGUGUUACAGGUUACAGCCCUUAAUGACAGCUUUGCGUACAUGUAUGACUAUGUUUUUUUUUUUCAGCUUCUUGGUCACUGUAUGAUUGUUGCAAAGAAAGUAGCAGCCCAGAAGAGUAUUGACCAGGAAGGCUAUCGUGUGGUAAUCAAUAAUGGUCAACAUGGCUGUCAGUCUGUCUAUCACAUCCAUUUACACAUUUUAGGAGGGUGAAAGCUCAAGUUACCUCCAGGGUGACUAGGUAAUAUCUAAUUUAUUUUAAUAUCUUGAAGUCCACAUUAUUCUGUUCUUGAUAUGUUGUUCCAGAAAACACCCUUUAAAAACGUCUGUGUAGUGUAAUAUAAUAUAACGCCACUGUGUAAUAUCCUCCGCUUACGUGUAUAAACUCCCCACUUAAAAUAACACCUCUGCAAUAAUAUUAUAGGCCCACAUUCUACCUGAAAACAAAGAAAAUUAAGACAGAAUCCAUCAGGAAAUUGAGUAAUUUUAAUUCUCAGUGGCCAAAAAUCUUGCACCAGAAUAAUUUAAAGAAUAUUGCAUUCUUUUUUGCAUUUUUCGAGGCCCAAAGAAAAUUUGUCAUAGGAGUCCAAGAAAAUGAAGGUCAAAUUUCACAAGAAUUGUGAAAACAGGUAAACUUCUGAAAAUUUCAUGUUUAAGAUGCAAUUUUGUGAAAUUUGACCUUCAUUUUCUCGGCCUCCCAUAAGAAAUUUUCUUUGGCGUUAUUACAGAUAACUAAUUACAUCUUAAGCCCCUGAAAAAUGCAAAAUAUAUAGGGGAUAUUACACGGUGGCGCGAAGAUAGGAAUUUUAUUUUCGAGUGGCAAAACAAAAUUUUACGAACGAGCGCAGCAAGUAAAAUAUUGUUUUUGCCACGAGAAAAUAAAAUUCAUAUCUUCAAGCCACCGUGUAAUGUUCUUUUUAUUAUAUAGACAAAAAUACAUCGAUAAAAUAAUAGAGGGAAAUGACCGAAAUUACGUCAUCGAUAAACUCACGUGUGAGAUUAUGGAAAAUAAACCACUCGGGUCCCGGAUGUAGUUUUUAUGAAUUUUACGAGUGGUAUAUUUUCCAGUAAAACACUCGUGUCUAUAUAAUAAAAUGCAAUAUGCUCUUAAUUAUUCUGGUACAAGGUUUUUGUCCACUGAAAAUUAAAAUAUUAUUACUCAGUUUCCUGGUGGAUUCCGUCUUAAUACAUCUGAUUAUAAGCCCCCACCCCUUCCCUCCAUCUGUAUUGAGGUGAAAACGAUUUAUCAUGAUGUUUUGAUCUGCACUACUAUAGCUUGUUUUAAAGCGCUUUUUCUAUUUCUGUUUUAAGCGCCCGCGGAUAUAAGACCCUCUGAUUAUAAACUCUCCUUAAUCCCUUAAGAUGAUUUGUAAGCUCAGGGCUUGUAAGCGGCAAUUUAUGGUAAUUACCCAUACUCUUCAACAGAAG